CUUCCGCUGAACAGUUGACUCGAGUUAACUUAACAGUAGACAAAACUACGUGUAUUUCAGACCCCAAGCUAUUAUAUGUAUUGCAAAUAUGCAGUCUGUUAAUUUAUUUUUCGCCACACUCUUCUAUUUGACAGCUCAAUCAAUUUAUGGAUUUGUAAUCGGCUGUAAGUAUUAUUUUAAUUUAGUUUUAAAUUUUUUGUACGAAACGCUUAAGAGGUCACCAUGCCCAAAAUCAUCUACUGAUUCAGUCUAACAAACGGAAAACAGUACAAUAAUUGCAAUACAUUUAGAAUGUAAAUUGUGGUGUUUGGGUAAGUGUUCAUUGUAAGAUUGAACAUAAUUAACACGAUUUAAAAAAAAAAAUAUUACUGUAACUUUUUUCUAAAAAAAUUGUACACAAAAAGUUGCAGCUAUUAAAAAAAAACAAAAAUCCCUAUAACUUUUUUGUAUGAACAUUUAUUUUAAAAAUCUUUUUAAAGUUCGAACUCAAUCACCAUAAUUUACGUUCUAAAUGUAUCGACAUUUUUUAGUGUUACUUUUAGUGACUGAAAUAGUUGAUGGCACCCUCCUAAUAAUAAUAGUAAAAAAGAAUUAAAAAAAACCAUAACAUUACGAUAGUUUCGAUUUAGUCUAGUCAUCAAAUGCUUUUUUGUACAUAUUUUUCAAAUCUUUAAAAUUUUUAUUACACGUUUUUUGAAUGGCAGUUAUUCACAUAAAUCAGAAACAGCCUAAACUACAAACCAUAACAGAAGAUUGUUUUAAAUGUAUUGUUGUAUCCAUAUCACUGAAUAACGGAAAUCUAACAUGUGGUGGAGACCUAUGUGGACUGUUUGGUAUUACGCGUGCGUAUUGGGCUGAUUCGGGGAAACCAGUCGUGCAAAAAGAUGAUCCAAAUGAUAACUAUGGUAAGAUAUCUAAUUAACUGCAUAUAAUUAAAAAGAUAACCCUUGAUUUUUGUCAAAACUUGAACUCAAAAGAGUUAAAAAAAACCAAUACCACACUCAAUUUUUUUUUCUACUAAUUAAAAAUUAUAUAAACCUCGUGUAAAAUUAUCAAUCAUUUCUGCUGAUUUUAAAUCUCAAAAAUAUGAAAUGCCUUAUACCUUAAAAGAUUUCUAGUACCAGUAUUCAUUUAAGUGGGCAUCCUCAUUAUUUUGGAAAAUAUUAACUUUUUUCAAAUUUAAGAAAUAAGCAGUUCUAAAAUAUUAUAUUACCAUUAUUUUUAAUAAUAAUAACCUACUUUUGAUUUUUAAAUAGCAAUCUAUAUUUAAAAUUCCAUAAAUGGAUGUAAUAUUAGUUAAAACGAAUUUUAGUGCUGACAUUUUUGAUUUCCGUUAACCCGUUGACGAGACAUUCCUCUUUUAAGUUUGGGUAGAGGAAAAGUAAUGAAGCAUAAUUUCUGUGGCUGCAUGGGGUGCAGCGUUUUAACAAUACGAGAUAGUUAGUUAACCGACUUCAAUGGAACACUCGGUAAAAAAACAGUAUCGAAAAAAUCGAGAAUCAUGAAACUUUUAUUGCCGUCAAUUUAUCCGGUUUUCUAGAAGUUUUAUUUCGGUUUUUUUUUUAUAAUUUUUAUAAAAAUUACUUACAAAAUCGAAGUAUUACUCAAAAUUCAACAAACAUGUCCUUUUUUUAUUUUUUAACCCAACCACCGGCUUGCGAUUACUUAGCUGGCAAUGACGAACGACAUGUUAUAUAUUAUGUUGUGUUAUUAAAAUAUUGAACUUCGAUCAGAAUCUCUUCCAAUUUUGUAUGUUAUCUGAGAUUACAUAUCUCUUUUCGUUUGCAAUAUUUCAUUAUUGUGUACAGAUCUAAACUAAAUAAAUCUUAUACAUCUUCCUUUCAACGCCCCGUCUACAAGUAGCUCACCCACUGUGUAAAGUGUGUUCGUAUUUUUAUUUUAUGUUCAAAAUAAUAUGUUAUAAUACUGGGAUAUCACAAUUACAUGGAAUUUUUAUUUUAGUAGAACUGGUUUUAGACCCAAUUUACUGCCCAAAUAUACUUCUCUGGACGAUCAAUUAGAUUCGUCGGCCGGUUUUAUAUUACGAUAAAAUAUUACUGUACACUUGAAUAUUUCAUCUUGCCUGGUCCAGGACUAAUUGUUUGAAAAUAUAAAACUAGAAAAACGUUAAUGAUAUGUUAGGUUUCACCAGAGUAACCCUAUGGCCUACCCGUCUAGGUUUCGCGUAACAAAUCGAGAGUUAAUGUUGAUUAAGUAUAGAGGGAAGGGGUAUUUCUCCCAUUAUAAUACAUAGGUAAUGUGUACGAGUAUUGAAGAUUGAAAUUGAUUUCAAAAUUCAUCGCUAAGGACACAACGAAAAUUUCUCCUACGUUUGUCAAUGCAGAUGUAAUCAAAUAUAGGUAUUUCACUAUACUAUAUAGUAUAUACAAAGAGCAUAUUAACUCUGAAAUAAAAUUUAAAAAAAAUCUAUUUUUAUUUUGCCAGGUAUGGUUUUGAAAAAUAACGAUUUUGAUAUAAAUAACGAAGAUUUUAGAGUGCCAAGGUAGCGUUUACAUUUGUUCUAAAUUCGAAGAGUUAAUAUAUAUAAUAAUAAUGAGUAUUGAGUAUUAAGGUAAAGGAAAAUAAAUUUAAAAACAUCUUCAAUAUACAUACAGAUUUUAAAAAUAAUAUUUUAUCCCAAUAUAAUAAGUAUAGGAAGUAUGAUAAUUUAUCGAGGUCACCAAUAUAGGUACUGGAUCGUUAUCGUCAAUGGUAAGAUGUCGAAGAAACACUGGUAAGAAACACUUUGUACAUCUUUUUUUUUAUUGUUAUUAACCUUCUCUUGUAACUCUGUUUUUUGAGAGGGAGUAAUGCAGUGGUUGGUAAUACUAUACUAGAAGGAUGCCAAAAAAGACGUUUAACCAACAAUCAGUCAUUUUUUUGGAUAUAUUUCCUCGUUAUGUAUUUUUGUGUUUUUAUAAUAUAAAAUAAUAAAAUAAGAUAUUUUUUAGUGUUAUAAUUAAUAAAUUAUUAUUAAAUAUUAUUUCAACAUCUUACGUAUUGUAUUUAAUAUAUUACUAAUUUUAAAACUAGUUUUAUAGUUCCAUGGUUGAACAGUAAAUCGAGGAUCAAAAUGUAAUGGUCGAUUAAAUUUCGGCCAUUUUGUUCUGAUUGGUUAAUUAAUGGUUGAAUCAUAGUGCGGUUGUUUUUAUAUAAUAUUUUCGUUAUUUUUACUAUAGUUGGUUCUUAUUUAAGUGAUACUCUGUUUUAUCGCCAAUUAUAUUAUCAUUUUACCCAAAUAAUAAUAACUAAUUAUUCAUAAUUUAAAAUCUCUUUUUAUUAUUAUUUUUAAUCUUAUUAUUAUAUUAUUUUUAAUUUCAAUUAAUUAAAUCAAUUUUAUAAGAUGUAAUCAAACUGGUUCUAAAAAUGUUUGACAAUGUUUAACAAAAUCACCGUUCUGCCAAUUUCACAACCCCGGGGUCAGAUCUUUUAGUUUCCCUAGUUAAAAAGUACAAGUCUAUUAUAGAAUAUAUGAAAACAGAUACCAUAAAUGCAAGGUAGGUUAGGUUAAUUUAACCUUGCUAAUCAGUACGAGAAUAGAUAUGAUCGCCUAUAAAUCAAUUGAAAACCGAGAUAUAUAAUUUGAUAAUCGAAAUCUGUCAAAAAAUUAACCGUCUUUCCAGGUAAAAUGGUUAGUACUAGGGUUUAAACACUGUUGUCCAGGAAAUGCGUUCAAUAUAGCCAAGUUGUCAUUCCUCGUCUUCAUAAUCAUAAUAUUUCUCAAAAUUAUCGUUAUACAUCAUUUUAGAUAUUGGUUAUUGUACUUAUUUGCCCGAUAAUACAAUUACAAUGGGUACAUAAUAUUGCAAUUCUCCGCUAAAUAAAAUCGAACGACAUCUUGUCCAGAUAUAUUUUUUUUUCCUUCACAAUUUCUAAAUAAUUGUUUUAAACUUAGAGGUAUUCAAAGUUUAAAAAAUAUUUAAUAGCUUUAUAAUUAAAUAAAUAAUUAUAAACUAUUAACAGCAGUAUGGUACUUUAUAAGCUAAAAAUACGAUUGAUGUAAUAGAGACGUAUUCUAAUAAAUAGAUCAAAAACUUUAGUACACUAAUUAAAACUUUUAGUGUGCAACCAUUCAAAAAUGUAUACACUAAUAUUUUGUACUAUAAUUUUGCAUUAAUAGUUUAAGUGAAACAUGAUAUUUUAGUAUACUAAUAUGAUAUGGUACACUAAUAUAAAAUUCAAAAAUAGACGCCCUGAAGAUGAUGUUUGAGUCAAAAACUUAUUGUAAAUAACGUACAAGUUAUUAUUAUUUUUAUAAAUAAUACGUUUUGACGUAUUUUCAGCGUAUUCCAGGUGCGCCAAAGACCCGGCGUGUGCUAAAGAAGCAACCAAUAGUUAUUUGACCAGAUUUGCCCAGGUAAUUAUACCUACAUACCUAGUCAUAGGCGUAUGUAUCGUGAGAUUUGACAAUCGAAUCAACAUUUUUGUCAAUUUAUUUAUUUUAGAUUCUGAGUAGAGCGAAGAAGCUUAUGGUUUUACAAAGACGUUUAUUUUUCAUUUUAUUUUUUUGGAUAAAUUUUCUACCAGAAAUUUCGAUUCAACUUUUAAUGAUAGCAAUUUUUCUAAAAAGAAAUUUUAAUGGGGUGAUACUAGAGAAGUCAUUUUUCGAUUUUCUCCGGAGUUUUUUCAGCACAUGUGAAAAACUGGGGAAAAACAUAGGAAAACCGGGGAAAUCGGUACAACAUAACACAAAUAUUAUUAAAUAUUUAAUAUUUAAUUUAUUUAAUAAUAUUAUUAUUAUAAAACAUAUAGACCCUGCUUAAUUAUUUUACUAUAUGGCAUAUAUAUUGUCGACAAAGUAACACUAUCAACUGAAUUCCGCUCAGAAACGUUUUUUCGUAAGCAAUAGUUUAUCGUUGCUGACAGAUAUACAUCAAAUUACCUAUAACAAUGAUUGCACUCAUCCCCAUUAUCCUAGGACGUCUUUUUUCUAUUUUAUUGUAAAUUACAGGACUGCAAUGGUGACGGAUUCAUUGAUUGCUCGGAUUAUGCGUCCAUUCACAAGCUCGGUGGUUACAAUUGCAGUGCGCCGUUGGACAACGCGUAUAAGAACAAAUACUAUUCAUGCUAUAAGAAUGCGAAUCGGCAAGAUGACGUCCAAGUGCACAGUUAUAUUUUACCGCUAGUGAUAAAAAACCGACCGGCGGAUCUGAGUGAUCGUCCAGAAAAGUAUAUUCGAGCAGUAAAUUCGGAAGGAUACCACUCGCUGAAGAAAAAGGAGAGGAGUCGGUCAGCGGAGACGAGGAGUGAAAAGGAGUUUGAACAGUUUGAAGAGUUCGAGAAUGGAAAUGAAGACUGGGAUGAAAUCAAGGACGAUGAUGAUGAUUCGGAUGAGUAUUAUGAUCCGGACGAGCACGAAGAGAUCUACGGGGAUAACGAAUAGAAUUCUUGGGCGUACACUACACAUCUCGGUUGAUUUUUACACCGGAAAUAUAUUUUAUAUUUAUUGUAUAGGUUAGGUAUGAUUUUGUUCGCUAUUUAAUAAGAGAGAUGUUACUAUAGUUACUAUACA